UGUUUCUGCGGUUGUGAGUGGAUGGGACUUACAUGAUUAUGAGUCAGUGUUGGGAGGAGAGAUGGGAUUUAUGUGUAGGAGAGACGUUGCGUGAAGUUGUUAAUCAUUGAUAGGCGUAUGUUUACAAGAUUUUCGUUUGUUUAGUGAGAAUUGAAGUGUUGUCGAGAAGUUUAUAAAUUGUGUGUAAUGGGACUGACAUUUUCAAAUACGUAACAGGACCUACGCUUUUGUGAACCACUCCCUUAUGAAGCUUCGUCGUUACCAACGGUAGUAAUAAUGUUGGAAGUUGGCUGGUUUUUGAUACUGGCCUUGCCAUGUGUAAUUUCCCAAAUUCGAACCUUGGAUUCAGAAAUGAGAUGCCCUGAGCACUGGGUCAAGUUUCAGCUAUCCUGUUAUCGAUUUAUCAAGUCUCCACUUCGCAAUCGCAAUGAUGCCAAGAAAAAUUGUGAGGCCUACCAGUCAGACCUGGUGAGUGUGAAUACUCCUGAUGAACAUGGUUUCCUGGUCAAUGAGCUGUUGUGGCAGGAUCCCCAGCACCGUCGUUGGUAUACAAGUGCACGUCAACAAAGCCCUGACUAUUGGAUAAAUGGAGAUAACACACAGUUGAUGAACAUGGAUAAUGCUUUCCUUCCAGAGCAUCAGUCUACCUUCAAUAAAGAUAUCCUUGUUUACAGUUUCUCUAACCAGUUAAGACGUUGGGGUUUUGAACAAGUUGCUGGAGAUGAGCCCCUUGUGUUUAUCUGUGAAGCACCUAUUGACAUUCUGCAAUAUCUGGUUGUGGAUGACCGCACAUACCAAUAUGGUGUUGAUGUUGAAGACCCGCUUAAAGUGCCACGAGGUCCGUUCUUCAUCAAGCAACCACAUGAUGUAGUGUUUGAUGUGUCAAAGAGAGAGAUUCUAAAUGAUAUCUCUUUAAGCUGUUUUGCUGGUGGCUUUCCAACACCAACGUAUGAGUGGUUCAAGGAAGACUAUGAGAAUGACAGAUUGCUGUCUCACAAGGUAGACCCACUCAGUGAUCGGCGUUACACGCUAAGUGGCGGAACUCUGAUUAUCAAUGACCCAAGACAGAUUGAGGACAGAGGCACAUAUCAUUGCAGAGCAACCAAUGAGUUUGGUUCAAUAGUAUCAGAGAGCGUGCAGCUUACUUUUGGAUUCAUUGGGGAAUUCAACUUGAAGAGAUCUCCAGAGAGUGGAAAUCAGAACUGGGGAAAAUCAAUUUACUGCGAUCCUCCUCAACAUUUCCCAGGUGUAAAAUAUUACUGGGCACGUGACUACUUCCCUAAUUUUGUGGAGGAGGAUAAACGUGUCUUUGUCUCAUACGAUGGCGCUCUUUAUUUCUCGGCUCUGGAGCACAUCGAUCGAGGCAACUACAGUUGUAAUGUCCAGAGCAAAGUUUCUGAUAAAGGCCGCAAUGGGCCCUUUUUCCCCUUGCGUGUACAGCCAUAUCCAAAUUAUCAGCAGUUGAAAUUUCCAAAUAAUUUCCCAAAAGCUUUUCCUGAAGCUCCCGUAGCAGGUCAUGAGGUUCGUCUGGAGUGCGUUGCUUUCGGAUACCCAGUGCCAUCUUAUAACUGGACUCGCAGAGGUACAAACUUGCCGAAGAGUGCCAUCACUACCAGCUAUAAUCGAGUACUGAUUAUACCAAAAGCUCAAGUGGAAGAUCAGGGCGAGUAUGUAUGUCGAGCAACCAAUGACAGAGCAGCUAUUCAACAUAGUGUGGUCCUUAGCAUUCAAGCUGAACCGAAUUUCACAAUUCCUCUGGUAGACAAGCAUAUGGAUAAUAAAGGAGAGCUUACAUGGACAUGUGAAGCAUUUGGAAUUCCUGACGUAAAUUACACUUGGUUGAGGAAUGGAGAAUUGUUGGAGGUGAACAAAUUGCCUACCGAAGACAGGGACCGCUACAUCACCGUGGAUAAUGUACUGACAAUUAAGUACUUGGAUCCUGAGAGAGAUCAGGCUAUGUACCAGUGUCGAGCCAGAAAUGUUCUUAAAACGAAGUAUUCUUCAGCACAGUUGAGGAUUAUAUCGUUGAAACCUUCGUUCAAGAAACGACCCCUCGAGUUGGAAAUGUAUGCUGCAGAAGGUGGAAAUAUAACAAUAACAUGUAAUCCUGAGGCAGCUCCAAGACCCAAGUUUGUGUGGAAAAAGGAUGGCAAUGUUAUAGGUAGUGGUGGUCGUCGACGUAUUCUAGAAAAUGGUAAUCUCAUAGUUAGUCCUGUUUCUCGAGAUGAUGCUGGCCUCUACACAUGCACAGCGUCUAAUAUUUAUGGAUCUGAUGAGAGCAAAGGCAGGCUGAUAGUGCUGCAGGGUCCUAGGUUUGUUGAGCAGUUGAGACCCAAUACUGUGACUUCAGUAGAAGAUGAUGUCACACUCAGGUGCCAUGCUCAGUCAGAGGAAAUCCUUGAUGUUGCCUACAUAUGGACGCACAAUGGCCUUCGCAUACGAGACACAGACCUCAUUCAUACUCGAUUUAUUAUUGAUGGUGGCAUACUGGGCAUCAAAAACAUGACAUUUGCAGAUGCUGGAGAUUAUGAGUGCAUCAUCAAAAGUGCAGUUGGUAGAAUUGCAAGUAAGACGUCCGUGUUUGUAUAUGGGCCUCCUGGACCUCCUGGUGGUGUCCAGGUGGUAGAGGUGAAAAAGAAAUCGGCUAUAAUUCGUUGGACUGAUGGUGCCUCUAAUGGUCGUCCCAUCAACAGAUACCUGAUAUCUGGCCGAACAAACUGGAAUAAUACAUGGAUUAACAUAACACACAAUCUUGAAGCACGAGAAAUUGAUCGCUACACAGGUAGGAAGGAGGCUGUUAUUGAGAGCAGUUUGUCUCCCUGGUCAAUUUAUGAAUUUCGAGUUACUGCUGGCAAUGACAUGGGGUAUGGAGUUCCCUCUUCACCAUCUCCUCAGUACAACACUCCUCCAGAUAGGCCAUAUAUAGCACCACAUAGAAUUGGUGGUGGAGGUGGCAAGAUUGGUGACCUAACCAUUAACUGGGAGCCAUUGAAGUCUGAGGAACAGAAUGGACCAGGAGUUCACUAUAAGAUAUUUUGGCGACGUUCUGAACAUGAUACAGAAUUCCAGUCUCUACUCCUGAAAGAAUAUGGAAAUGUUGGCACGCAUGUUGUACGCAUACAGCACGAAUUCUACUAUACAAAAUAUGAUGUGAAAGUUCAGGCUAUCAAUGACAUUGGAUCUGGACCAGAAUCAGAGGUUGUUACAAUAUUUAGUGCUGAAGAUAUGCCACAGGUGGCUCCAGCACAGGUGUCCGCUCUGUCAUACAAUUCUACUGCAAUUAAUGUAAGCUGGCUUCCCAUUGAACAGACUCGGGAAAGGAUUCGUGGAAAGCUUAUUGGUUACAGACUAAAGUAUUGGAGAGAUGGUUCCAAUGAGCAAGAUUCUGUGUAUUAUUUGAGUCGGUUCCAACGUCCGUGGGCCAUUGUGGUUGGUCUUCAGCCUGAUACAAAAUAUUAUGUGAAAGUAAUGGCCUACAACUCUGCAGGAGAGGGUCCAGAGAGUGAGCGUUUCCUGGAAAGGACCUUCAGAAAGGCUCCUCAGAAGCCGCCAUCGUCAGUAUCUGUGCAGGGAGUGGAUCCCUCAACUGUGCGAGUUAUUUGGCGCUAUGUUGCUCCGAGCUUUGAAGAAGAACCACUUAUUGGUUACAAGGUCCGUGUAUGGGAAAUAGACCAGGACAUGAGUACAGCUAAUGAUACAAUUGUCCCAGUAGGCUCCAGUCUGGAAGCAUACAUUCACAAUCUCUCUCCAGGAAAGGUGUAUCGUAUGCGAGUUCUGGCAUUUUCCAAUGGUGGUGAUGGACGAAUGUCAUCUCCUGCUCUUACUUUUCAGAUGGGUGAUGCAGCGACAUUCAGAAACAGAAGCUCCCGUGACUUUGCAGACACUUCUGCAGUUGUGUUUCUUUUACUUGUUUGGAUGUUGGGUGUGGUAUGAUUCAGCAAGCUGCAGUUGGCUGCUUCCCUCAAGUGCUCUUAUGAAGCCUGUAGUUUUGAAACCAAAAGAGUAUUAUAUAUUGACUCCUUGAUGUUAAGAAUGUUACAUGAAUAACUGAUAAUGAAGCUAACUACUUGAGCAGAUGAGAUAUGAUCAUGGCUAUUUCUAGUGUCUUUUAGAUUUAACAAUAAAUUCAGAAUUUGUAUUAGGGUAUUCUGGAUUUACCAUCGUGACUAAUUUUGUCUGCAGUUGAAUUUACUUUGCGCCCUUAAUCAACACUGAAACAAAUGUUGGUAUUGGUGUAGUAUGUUUGUUACUGACAGGUAUUAUUUUUAUCUAAGAUAUUUGAAGUUUAUUUUAUUUUAGAAUAUUGGUAUUAAUUUUGUGCAUAUUUUGUAGCUGUGGAUGAAAAUGGUUCAGUGGCAUAUUUUAUAUUUGUUCUGUCAUUCACCUUCACAUGAAACUGUCAGGUUACAAAGUCUUUUUAAUGUCUCGAUGAUAUUACCACUAAGUUGUACCCAGUGUAAUUUCUUUUACAAUAGCCAAGACAGAAAUGCAUUUCUCAUAUGUCACUAGCUUGCAGGUAGAAGGAAAAAAAAAAGCUUAACAUAACCAAUGGCAUUACCAACAUAAGAACUGAGACAGUGAGCUGCAAAGUACUGCCACUGGGAAAUAAUGUUUAAUAGUGUGGAUAAUACAUGCUUCCUUACGUACUAUCCCUCCCACCUCUCACAUUCCCUUGCCUUUAGUUCUAAUGGAUGUUGCUUACGUUGAUUCACCCCAAACUAACGAACUAUGGUAUUAGUUUCUGUAAAUAUUAAUUUUCAGGUGAAAGGGCACACAGUCAUUGUCUUCUCCAGUAUGUUGCACUUCUAUAUAACUUGGAUAUAAAACUAGUAAAUGAACAUUGCUGCUGUUACAAUCUCAAGUCUCACCUAGUAAUUAGAUAGUUCUAAUCAGCUCUUAACAUAGCUUUAAGUCUCUAUUAAUAAUAGUGCUUUACUUGGUACAGACGUGCAUAUAAAGUAUUCUUUUAGAUAUGUUUUGCAGGCACAGAUAUGUCUUAAAAAUACAUAUAAGUUUGCAGUAAUAUGUUAAAAUUUAUGUACAGAAAUAACAUGCCUCGAACAGCAAUUAUUGUCCUGUUUCUGGGUUGGGUAGACAGUUUUUCCUUUCAUUAAACAACCUUGCUGUAGCAUAUAUGUU